GCGAACUCGAGACAAUUGAAACGAAUGAAUAGCGGCAUUUCAUAAUCUUCUUCCACAAUCAAGGGUUGGGGGAGUGAGUGAGUGAGUGAGACAGUAAGAACCAGAGUUGACCUGACCAGCACGAGUUGCUGAAUGAAUUGGCUCCAUACAAAUUCAUUCCAACCGGUAAUGUAAAAUGUUUUGCUCACCAGCUACCAUUCAACGCAACACAACGCAAGGUAACCUUCCAGUCUCUCUCACACUCUCUCUCGCGCGCACACACGCAAAGAAAAGAAAAGAAUCUGGUCUCAAUCCAGACCUGAGCCCCACCAUUCUUCCUAUCCCCGACCUCUCUGCCUCUGUUUCUUUAUCCAGAUCCCCACACCACACGACCGGACAGGCUCCGCUCCGGAGGGACAGUGACGAUCGAUGGAGGUCUCGUGGGAGACGAGCGUGACCGACUCCAUCAACACCAUCUACCUCCUCUUCUCAGCAUACCUGGUGUUCGUAAUGCAGCUCGGCUUCGCCAUGCUCUGCGCUGGCUCAGUCCGCGCCAAGAAUGCCAUGAACAUCAUGCUCACUAACGUCGUUGACGCUGUCGUCGGCAGCAUCUCCUACUACCUCUUCGGCUUCGCCUUCGCCUUCGGAGACUCCAACCCCUUCAUCGGCACCUUUUUCUUCGCCCUCAAGGACGUCCCCAACGCCACCUACGACUACAGCUACUUCCUCUACCAGUGGGCCUUCGCCAUCGCCGUCGCCGGCAUCACCAGCGGCUCCAUCGCUGAGCGCACCCAGUUCAGCGCUUACCUUGUCUUCUCCUUCUUCCUCACGGGCUUCGUUUACCCCAUUGUGGCCCACUGGGUCUGGUCCUCCAGCGGGUGGCUCAGCCCCAGCUCCACCAGCCCCUUCCUUGGGUCGGGCGCCAUUGACUUUGCCGGCAGCGGGGUGGUCCAUUUAGUGGGCGGGGUUGCUGGGCUCUGGGGCUCUUUGAUCGAAGGCCCGAGAGUGGGCCGGUUCGAUGCCUUUGGUAAGGCCGUGCCAAUGAGGGGCCACAACGCUACCCUCGUCGUGCUCGGCACGUUCCUCCUGUGGUUCGGGUGGUUCGGGUUCAACCCUGGUUCGUACGACAAGAUACUCGUGCCUUACCCAAGCACUACUGACCAAGGGAACUGGACCGGCGUGGGCCGGACUGCUGUCACCACCACCCUUGCCGGGUCCACGGCUGGGAUCGUGACCCUAUUUGGCAGGCGCCUGCUCGUGGGCCACUGGGACGCACUCGAUGUGUGCAACGGCGUCCUAGGCGGGUUCGUCGCCAUAACCUCCGGCUGCUCAGUGGUGGAGCCUUGGGCUGCCAUUGUGUGCGGUUUUGUCUCAGCCUGGGUCCUAAUUGGGCUCAACAUCGUGGCCCUGAAGCUCAGGUUUGACGACCCACUGGAGGCGACCCAGCUCCACGGGGGAUGCGGCACAUGGGGCCUGAUCUUCACGGGCCUGUUUGCGAAGGAGGAGUUCGUGGUUCAAGCGUACAACUCUGGGGAGAGUGGUGUGUCCCGGCCCUAUGGACUGUUCAUGGGCGGGGGAUGGGGCCUUCUUGCAGCCCAAGUGGUGGAGGUUGUGGUGAUCAUCGGAUGGGUGAGUGCAACCAUGGGUCCUCUCUUCUUUGCACUUCACAAACUCAAGAUUCUGCGGAUUUCUGCCGAAGAGGAAAUGGCGGGUCUAGACAUCUCUAGCCAUGGAGGAUACGCCUAUAUGGGGCACCCGGAUGAAAGUCACCCUCGAUAUUACGCCGAGUACAUGCAGAUCCGCAGACAAUAAUGCGAUUCAUGAAGUCAAAAAUAUCUGAUCUGGCGUCCAUCCAUUUAUAUUUAGUAAAUUCAUUUCCAUUGUAUUCAAACGAAUACGAAAUUCUCAAAUAAGGAACAUAAUAAUGUCAAUACUCCCAAAUUUUAUAAUGA